AUGUCAGAUUCAGAUUCAGAAGGUGGUGUGCCCCUGAUCGAGGCCGAGUUUGAUAUCACGGCAUCAUCGAAGAAGAGAAAGAGAGAGGCCGAGCCGGACGCGACCAAAGACAGCAAGAAGGCCGCCAAGAAGCUGAAACGCAAGGAAAAGAAGAAGCUGAAAGUGAAAGAGAUUGACGAAGAUGACUUGGAUCAAGCUCUAGGCGUCAAUCAUGCGUUUGAGCACAUGGACGGUCAACUGGUGGCGGAUUAUGUCAACGCCCGAACACGACUCUAUGGAAAAGAGUUGAGCAGUGUAGAGCUUGAGGACAAAUUCAUACCUGGUACGCACAAAUUCACCUCGAAUACUAAAAAGUCUAACUGGAAGCAAUGCACUGCAUUGGAACCAACACCCAAGAAGCCAGUCGGUGCGCCGCACACCAUUAUCGUCACCGCAUCUGGAAUCCGUGCUGCCGAUAUAGUCAGAUCUCUUAAAUCGGGAUUGCCAAAAGAGCCCAAGAGUCUCAAGGACCCCAACAUUGCUAAACUGUUUGCCAAACACAUGAAGCUUGCCGAGCAAGUAGCUCACCUGAAGAAGACCAAAAUUGACUUCGCAGUCGGAACACCUGAUCGGCUGGCGGCGCUAUUGGAGGAGAAGGCCCUGUCAACAGCAAACCUGAAGCAGGUGGUCAUCGACGUCUCAUACAUUGACCAGAAGAAGCGUGGCAUUCUCGACAUGAAAGAGCUCCACGAGUCUCUAAUCAAGUUCCUACUUCGCAAGAACUUUCUUGGUGAAGGAAAGGAGCGUGGCGAUGAUCUUUUUCUUUUCUUUUGA